CUCCCACCCCGGGUCACGCCGUGACAGGGGCGGAAGCGGUGGUGGCGGCGGCGGCCGAGCAGGGGCUGCGGCUCGCUGCGCGGAUCGUGCCGUCCUAUGCGCGCGGCGCGCGGCUCUGGAGAGGCGCCCGCAGUCCUGGGCGGCGCGCACCGCCUCGCCGGCGCUCGGAGCGCUGCGUUUUCCCCGAGACCACUUGCACCCCUUCAGCGCUGAGAUUUGUAAUACAAUGGCAGCCCCACGGGGGAGGACAAAGAAAAAAGCACCUUUUGAUCAUUCGCCAGAUAGCCUUCCUUUGAGGAGCUCCGGCAGGCAGGCGAAGAAGAAAGCAACAGAGACAACAGAUGAGGAUGAGGAUGGCGGGUCAGAGAAGAAGUACAGGAAAUGUGAAAAGGCAGGCUGUACAGCAACAUGUCCUGUGUGCUUUGCAAGUGCUUCUGAAAGAUGCGCCAAAAAUGGCUACACAUCCCGAUGGUAUCACCUUUCUUGUGGGGAACAUUUCUGUAAUGAAUGCUUUGACCAUUACUACAGAAGCCAUAAGGAUGGAUAUGACAAAUACACUACAUGGAAAAAAAUAUGGACUAGCAAUGGCAAAACCGAACCUAGUCCCAAAGCUUUCAUGGCAGAUCAGCAACUCCCCUACUGGGUGCAGUGUACAAAACCUGAAUGUAGAAAAUGGAGGCAGCUUACCAAGGAAAUCCAGCUUACUCCACAGAUAGCAAGGACUUACCGAUGCGGUAUGAAACCAAAUACUACUGUUAAGCCUGAGACCUCAGAUCAUUGUUCUCUCCCAGAGGAUCUACGAGUGUCGGAAGUUUCCAACCAUUGGUGGUACUCCAUGCUCAUUCUACCUCCUUUGCUGAAAGACAGCGUGGCAGCACCCCUGCUCUCUGCCUACUACCCCGACUGCGUUGGCAUGAGCCCCUCCUGCACCAGCACAAACCGUGCCACCACCGGCAGCAAUGCCAGCCCGGGGAAGCUGGAGCACUCCAAGACAGCCCCCUCUGUGCCGGUUCCAGACAUGAACCGGUACUUCCAGCCUUUCUACCAGCCCAAUGAGUGUGGCAAAGCCCUCUGUGUGAGGCCAGAUGUGAUGGAACUGGAUGAGCUCUAUGAGUUUCCAGAAUAUUCUCGAGACCCCACCAUGUACCUGGCAUUGAGAAACCUCAUCCUCGCACUGUGGUAUACUAACUGCAAAGAAGCUCUUACUCCUCAGAAAUGUAUUCCUCACAUCAUUGUCCGGGGUCUGGUGCGCAUUCGAUGUGUUCAGGAAGUAGAGAGGAUACUUUAUUUCAUGACAAGAAAAGGUCUCAUCAACACAGGAGUUCUCCGCGUGGGAACCGACCAGUAUCUUCUCCCUAAAGACUACCACAAUAAAUCAGUCAUCGUUAUUGGUGCUGGUCCAGCAGGAUUAGCAGCUGCUAGGCAACUGCAUAACUUUGGAAUUAAGGUGACGGUCCUGGAAGCCAAAGACAGAAUUGGAGGCCGAGUAUGGGAUGAUAAAUCUUUUAAAGGUGUCACAGUGGGAAGAGGAGCCCAGAUUGUCAAUGGCUGUGUUAAUAACCCAAUAGCACUGAUGUGUGAGCAACUUGGCAUCAGCAUGCAUAAAUUUGGAGAAAGAUGUGACUUAAUUCAGGAAGGUGGAAGAAUAACUGACCCCACUAUUGACAAGCGCAUGGAUUUUCAUUUUAAUGCUCUCUUGGAUGUUGUCUCUGAGUGGAGGAAGGAUAAGACUCAGCUCCAAGAUGUCCCUUUAGGAGAAAAGAUUGAGGAGAUCUACAAAGCUUUUAUUAAGGAAUCUGGUAUCCAGUUCAGCGAGCUUGAAGGACAAGUGCUUCAGUUCCAUCUCAGUAACCUGGAAUACGCCUUUGGCAGCAACCUCCACCAGGUGUCUGCUCGCUCCUGGGACCACAAUGAAUUCUUUGCCCAGUUUGCUGGUGACCACACUCUCCUAACUCCUGGAUACUCGGUAAUAAUUGAAAAAUUGGCCGAAGGGCUAGACAUUCGACUCAAAUCUCCGCAGGUGCAGAGUAUUGAUUAUUCUGGAGAUGAAGUACAAGUUACCACCACAGAUGGCACAGGGUUUUCUGCACAAAAGGUAUUAGUCACCAUACCACUGGCCUUACUACAGAAAGGUGCCAUUCAGUUUAAUCCACCGUUGUCGGAGAAGAAGAUGAAAGCUAUCAACAGCUUAGGUGCAGGCAUUAUUGAAAAGAUCGCCUUGCAAUUUCCUUAUAGGUUUUGGGACAGUAAAGUUCAAGGGGCUGACUUUUUUGGCCACGUUCCUCCUAGUGCCAGCAAGCGAGGGCUUUUUGCUGUAUUCUAUGACAUGGAUCCCCAGAAGAAGCACAGUGUGUUGAUGUCGGUGAUUGCUGGGGAGGCUGUGGCGUCCGUCAGGACCCUGGACGACAAGCAGGUGCUGCAGCAGUGCAUGGCCACGCUCCGGGAGCUGUUCAAGGAGCAGGAGGUCCCAGACCCCACAAAGUACUUCGUCACUCGGUGGAGCACAGACCCGUGGAUCCAGAUGGCGUACAGUUUUGUGAAGACAGGUGGAAGUGGCGAGGCCUACGAUAUCAUUGCUGAAGAAAUACAAGGAACCAUCUUUUUUGCUGGCGAGGCAACAAACAGGCAUUUUCCACAAACUGUGACAGGGGCAUAUUUGAGUGGUGUUCGAGAAGCAAGCAAGAUUGCAGCAUUUUAAAUAGAAUUUGUUUGGACCCAGCUUUCUUCUGUACCCCAAAUGGGAAAGUUUGAAACACAUGUUGAACCUCAGUUGUAAGAGGGGGAAAAAACUCUGCAUAGCAAAACUGAAAUGUUUUUUAAUGUGAUUCAAUAAUGUAAGCCCAUUUUACCACUCUGAAAGCACUGACCCCAAAUACCCUUAUAGGCACUUAUAUUAAUUGCAUUGUUCAUGAGUCCAAUUAGUGCUAAAAGUCCAGAUUUCAGAAUAAGGCAGAAUAUAACCUUCAAUUGAGACCUUGGAAAUGAUUUUUCCAUGGUUGGAGGUUCCCUUCAGAUUUGACAUUUUGAAUUUGGUUGAUCAAUUUUUACACAUUGAGAAACCAAUCAAUCAAGCAGGAAUCAUUAAAAAACUAGAUAAAGCCAUGUUUUUCUUCUGUGACAAUUUAUCAGUAUCUUUACCAAUGAGCCUUAAUAUUUUUAUAUAGCUCCAACAUUGAGCUUUUACUUAAAAUUUAGAUAGAACUUUUCAUUUUUGAUACAGCACAAACUCUCCAGUUGACGGUAAGAUGAAGCUUCUAGACAUUUUAUAUUGUACAUAUUUCUUCCCACUGGGUGUUCAAAAAUUUAAAUUCAGGUAUCUUUUGUGAUAAAAUAUUUUAGAUUUGUGCAGUCAUUGGCAAACCAGGAAAAUUUUCAGUCCCUUAAACGGUAUAGGCAUUGUAUCAUUAACAGUGGGGCACAGAUAGUGUGGUCUUCACACUGUAGAUGUAGAAUAUACCUUUGCUUUAAAUAUCCCUGAUAUUGGCAACCACUAGCAAAAGGAUCUUGCCAGAAUAAUUUAAUAAAAGCCCCUCUCCACUUCUACUUAAAAUAACUGAUUUAAUCUCUAGGAAUAUUUUUUGCAUAAUUAUGUUUACAGUAUUCCAUAGGCAGGUCCACUGGAAAACUGCAGAAAAAUGUGAGCUAUCUCAGUAAAUACUACACAUUUUAUAAGCCAUAUUUUAAAAGCCUAAGAACAUGGCAUUUACUUUUUCACUAAAGACUGAAAAUGGUUUAAUAUGUCACUUUAAAGUAAAAACUUUGGUUUCAGGGUCUUCAUGAUGCUUACUUUGCCAAGAAACUUCAGUUUACAGGUUAGAGAUACGCUUUUGUUUUAAAAUCUUUGAACAAUUCUUUCAAUUAUAUUGGUUUGCUUAAAAAAGGGACUAAGACUUUAAAGCCACUUUUCAAAAUAUUAGGUAUUUUUAAAAAUUAAAGUCAGCUUAUAAAUACCUUACAGAAAGAAUGUGCAGUGAACCUUAGCAUUUAGAUACCCCUCUUCCCCAAAGUAUAUUACAAAGGAAAGCCAACAACUGUAUAUUGCAAAGUUAAUACAGGAAAACGCGGAUAUUUAGGUUAUUUGUUGAGACUCA